AUGACCUGUCUCCGUAUAUUAUGCAUGUAUUAUCUUAUUUGGACUACAAGUGCGAAUGCAUUAUUUUCAACAAUAGGCAAUGUCUACUAUAACAUGAGUUAUAAUUCAACAAGCACCAUAAUCACUCAUUUGAUCGUGAAAAAGCAAUUACUUUGUGCUGCUCAAUGUGCAAAUCAAUUUGCCAAUUGCAAUACUGCUGUAUUUGAUAGUUCAAUUACUCCUCAAUCUGCUUCGAUCUUGUAUCGUUGGAAUACAACGGGCAUCACUGUAGCCGGUGCGAGUAACGGUUCUACAGGCACAGCAGAUAAUCUACUUCUUAAUCCAUAUGGGACCGCAUUGGGUUCAUUCGACUCACUUUAUAUUGCCGAUUUUAACAAUAAUCGCAUACAAAAAUGGUUGAGCAAUGCAUCGAAUGGUACAACGAUGGCUGGUCUCUCAAAUGGAACCUAUGGUAGAAGCUCAGUUGCUUUAACCUUGCCUGUCAGUGUUGCGCUUGAUCCUAAUGAUAAUAUGUAUUUUACAGACAGAGAUAACCAUCGAGUUGUAUAUUGGGCAAAUGGUGCAUCAUCUGGCACUACGAUUGCCGGUAUUACAGGUACUCCGGGAUCUACAAACGAUACCUUAUGUGGACCGUGUGGUAUAGCCCGUGACUCAAACACAGGGACACUUUAUAUAGCCGAUACAUUCAAUCAUCGUAUAAUGCAAUAUCUCUUGAAUGCUUCUUCGGGUACAGUAGUUGCUGGUGGGAAUGGUCCAGGAAGUAAUAAUACACAGUUGGCGUAUCCAUAUGGUUUUACUUUUGAUUCACCCUCAAAUAGUCUUUUUAUUGCUAAUUAUCCAAACAAUAAUAUUGUUCGUUGGGUGUUAGGUGCAAGUAGCUGGACACUCGUCAUUGGCAGUCCUACUGGAUUAAGUGGUGACACAUCAACACUUCUCAAUAAUCCGGUCGGCAUCACAUUAGAUCCAUUAGGCAAUAUCUAUGUAGCUGAUUCAGGAAACCAUCGCAUUCAAUUCUUCAUUGCAGGUCAAUCCAACGGCACAACCAUCGCUGGCGUCACAGGUUCAUCUGGCAUUAGUCAGAAUCAAUUAAAUUAUCCCUAUUGGGUCACAGUUGAUAAUCAACUGAAUCUAUAUGUAUCCGAUAAUUCUAACAAUCGAGUUCAAUUUUUUUCACAUUCAUAA